GUUGCUAAAAGGUACUAACCACAACUUACUAUCGUGUGCUCGCCUUGGCACAACAAUCAGCUGUUGUGUUUCACGUGCUGUGCCUUCUUUAUAUGUAAUCGGUCAUCUCAGUUUUAGUGGUCUGUGAUUUGUUGAGUAAGGUUGCAGCCAUGCUCCCCGCCAUGUCGAGGCUGGGCGUCAUGCUGAGCCAAAGGCUGCCUAUAAUCCAGUGGUUACCCAAGUACACGUCUGAGGACGCUGUAUGUGACGUCAUAGCCGGGAUCACAGUGGGACUGACUCUAAUGCCACAAGCCAUCGCUUAUGCCGGCUUGGCGGGACUUGGAGCUCAGUAUGGGCUGUACUCAGCAUGGGUCGGUUGUCUGGUCUACAUAGUGUUUGGAACUUCAAGGCAAGUCUCCAUCGGUCCAACAGCCAUGCUGUCCCUGCUCACUUUUACUUACACUCACCAACUCAAUGCUGACUUCGCUGUGUUGCUGUGCUUCGUGUCAGGCUGUGUAGAGUUACUCUGCGGAGUUCUACGACUGGGUUUCCUAGUGGACUUUGUGUCUGUUCCUGUCAUCUCUGGGUUCACGUCAGCUGCUUCUAUCACAAUAGCUUCAACACAACUGAAAGGGCUCUUUGGUCUCAAGUUCAGCUCGGAAGCAUUCCUCGACACCUGGGAGGCAUUUUUGAGCCAUAUUUCUGAGACUAGACUGUGGGAUUUGGUGCUGGGAGGGAUCUCCAUCACAGUUCUUCUUGCCCUCAGGAAACUGAAAGACUUGAGGAUCGGCCCACCUAGUGACAAGGAUACUCACAAGUUUGUUCAUGGAUUGUUCUGGUUUGUGUCGACGGGCCGUAACGCACUUGUCGUCCUCAUAUGCUCUAUCACAGCAUUCAUCUUGUACCAACGAGGCAUGAUACCAUUCAUCCUUACUGGUGAUAUUGUAUCGGGUCUGCCGUCCCUGGCUUUCCCCCCCUUAUCUACAGAGCUCAAUGGGCGAGUUCUCAACGUCUUUGAGAUGAUUUCCGAGCUUGGUUCCGGCAUUUUGAUAGUACCACUCAUAUCAAUAUCCAGCAACGUUGCUAUAGCCAAGGCCUUUUCGAAAGGAGCAAGAGUGGAUGCCACUCAAGAGAUGAUAGCUUUGGGCCUUUGCAACAUUCUGGGUAGUUUCUCACGCUCGAUACCUGUGGCAGGAGCUUUCUCGCGGUCAGCAGUCAACAAUGUCAGUGGUGUGCGCUCCACACUUGGAGGACUUUACACAGGUGUAAUGAUUGUGCUGGCCCUUGGUCUGCUGACGCCGUACUUCUUCUUCAUACCAAAGUGUUCUCUAGCAGCUGUCAUCAUGGUUGCACUCAUCUUUAUGGUGGACUACCAGAUUAUCAAGCCUCUUUGGAAGUCAAACAGGAAAGAUAUGGUGCCUCUUUUAUCAACAUUCCUUGCCUGCCUGUUUCUCGGAGUGGAGAAGGGCCUACUAGUUGGUAUUGUGGUUGAUGUUUUGAUUCUACUCUACUUCAAUGCAAGGCCGAAUAUAUCUGUACAUUCAGUGGAGAGCGAACCAAAGUAUUUGGUGGUACAACCACGUGGAUCUUUGGUGUUUCCUGCCGUAGACUUCCUGCGUGAGACGGUCAUUGCACAAGUCAACGAGAGCAAACAUGCAGCCAGUGCACUGGUCUUGGACUGUGCCUACGUGCCCCAUACAGACUACACUGCUGCUCAGGGGUUGGCAGCCUUGGUAAAAGAUGUGAAAAUUCACGGGAUGCAAGUAGUUUUACUUAAUGCACAAGAUCCAGUUGUCAAGUCCUUGCUUGCUGCAUGUCCAGAACUCAGAGUUGCUAAUUCAUAUGAGCAUGUUUCACAGAUCUUAUCAGAAGAUCCAGUGAUGAUAGAGCUGGGCACCUACCUACAGAGUCUCAAUAAAGAUGUUCACUGACCCCAGUGACUUAACUGUAUACUCUGCUCUCUCUCCCUCUAUCUCUCUCUCUUCGUGAUAUUUUGAUUUGAUUGCAAUCUGAAACCAAUGCACAUACCGUUCACAACAACAAAAUAAUAGUAAUGUACCUGUUAAUAUGUAAAUAAUUUUGUGAAUAAAUCGUCUUUUAUGUUAUCUAUU